CCUUACGUCAUCCUCCCGUUGACAUUUCACGCUGUUAUCCAAGAGCUGCACGAUGAACUUCUGGAGACGGAAUUAAACACAAACUUGUUGUUUUUUUGGGCUGAAAGAGUGGACCAGCGGGCUCCGGGAGGAUGUAUCCGCUACUGAGGCUGCUCUCGGCGGCUGUCCGGCCUCUCUGCCCGGCUGGAGGAGCCCGGGCUCGGCUCUCCGCGGUGACCGCUGCUCGGCUCUUCACAGCCGGAUACAGAAGCUCCGCUGCCCCGAACGCCAGUUGGACUCCGGCUAACUUCCUGUCCUGUCGCAGACUCCAGUCGGUUCAGCAUCAGUUUUACUGCAGUGAACCCAAAGAUGGAAAAGGAGGAGGAGGAGGAGAAGGAGGAGGGGGAGGGAAGAGAGGAGGAGGAGGAGGAGGAGCAAAAGAUUGGUGGAAUCGAAUGCAAAAGGGAGACUUCCCCUGGAACGAGAAGGACUUCCGUUAUCUGGCUCUCACUGUAGCCGGCGUGAGCUCGGCUCUGCUGUAUUACUACUUCAGAAACACGGGCAGAGAGAUCAGCUGGAAGGACUUCGUCCACCGCUACGUGGGCAGAGGGAUGGUGGAUCGGCUGGAGGUCGUCAACAAACAGUACGUCAGAGUGAUCCUGGUGCCGGGAGCCGACACCGACGGGAGCUACGUUUGGUUCAACAUCGGCAGCGUGGACACGUUUGAGAGGAACCUGGAGGCGGCGUACACGGAGCUCGGCCUGGGGCUGUCAAACCGACCCGCCGUCGUCUACAGCACGGAGAGCGACGGCUCGUUUCUGAUGAGCAUGGUACCGACGCUGCUCCUGAUCGGGUUCCUGCUCUUCACCCUGCGGCGAGGGUCGCUGGGUCGCGGCCCCGGCGGCGGGAGGGGCGGGCCCUUCAACAUGAGCGAGUCCACGGCCAAGAUGAUGAAGGACAACAUCGACGUGAAGUUCAAGGACGUUGCCGGCUGCGAGGAGGCCAAGCUGGAGAUCCUGGAGUUCGUCAACUUCCUGAAGAACCCGCAACAGUACCAGGACCUGGGAGCCAAGAUCCCCAAGGGCGCUGUGCUGUCCGGACCUCCGGGGACGGGGAAGACUCUGCUGGCUAAAGCCACAGCCGGAGAGGCCAACGUCCCCUUCAUCACCGUCAACGGCUCCGAGUUCCUUGAGAUGUUUGUGGGCGUCGGUCCGGCCAGAGUGAGGGACAUGUUCUCCAUGGCGAGGAAGAACGCCCCCUGCAUCCUCUUCAUCGAUGAGAUCGACGCUGUGGGGAGGAAGAGGGGCGGAGGGAACUUUGGAGGUCAGAGCGAGCAGGAGAACACGCUGAACCAGCUGCUGGUGGAGAUGGACGGUUUUAACACAUCCACUAACGUGGUGGUCUUGGCUGGAACCAACAGACCCGACAUCCUGGAUCCGGCACUGAUGAGACCAGGACGCUUCGACAGACAGAUCUACAUAGGUCCUCCAGACAUCAAGGGCAGGGCGUCCAUCUUUAAAGUCCACCUGCGACCCAUCAAACUGGACCCCAACAUGGACAAAGACGUUCUCGCCAGGAAGAUGGCGGCUGCCACGCCGGGAUUCACCGGAGCCGACAUCGCUAACGUCUGCAACGAGGCGGCGCUGAUCGCCGCCAGAUACCUGAGCCCGUCCGUCAACGCCAAACACUUCGAACAGGCCAUCGACCGCGUCAUCGGAGGUCUGGAGAAGAAGACUCAGGUGCUGCAGCCCACGGAGAAGAAGACCGUGGCAUAUCACGAGGCCGGUCACGCCAUCGUGGGCUGGUUCCUGGAGCACGCCGACCCGCUGCUGAAGGUGUCGAUCAUCCCGCGGGGGAAGGGUCUGGGCUACGCUCAGUACCUGCCCAGAGAGCAGUACCUGUACAGCAGAGAGCAGCUGUUCGACAGGAUGUGCAUGAUGCUGGGGGGCCGCGUGGCCGAGCAGACCUUCUUUGGCAGGAUCACCACGGGAGCUCAGGACGACCUGAAGAAGGUCACGCAGUCCGCCUACGCUCAGGUGGUGCAAUUCGGGAUGAGCGAGAAGGUGGGGCAGGUGUCGUUCGACCUGCCCCGGCAGGGUGAGAUGGUCAUGGAGAAGCCGUACAGCGAGGCCACGGCCGAGCUGAUCGACCAGGAGGUCCGAGAGCUGGUGGACCAGGCGUACCAGAGGACCAUGGAGCUGAUCCAGGAGAAGAAGGAGCUGGUGGAGCUGGUGGGGAAGCGUCUCCUGGAGAGGGAGGUCCUGGACAAGGCGGACAUGUUGGAGCUGCUGGGCCCGCGGCCGUUCGAGGAGAAGUCAACGUACGAGGAGUUUGUGGAGGGGACGGGGAGCUUCGAGGAGGAUACGAGCCUCCCGAAGGGCCUCCGGGACUGGAACCAGGAGAAAGGAGCAGGAGGAGGAGGAGGAGGAGAGGCCGAGGAGGAGGCGGCGCCUCCGACUCAGGACAGACAGCAGGCCAUGUAGAGCCCAAACACCCAGAUAAGACACACCGUGCAGACGCCACGUGGCCCAGGAGGUGUUCGAUUGCUUUAUAAAUUAUUUUCACUUUUUCAGUUUCCCUCAAAUUCCCAACAGCAAAGUUCCCGGUUUAAGGAUCCGACUUUAAUUCUGGGCUGAGAUAAAACUCACUGGACGCACAGAGGAGUGAAUUCGAUCUGUGGAACUCGCUCGGACAGGAAGACGCUCCCAACGCCUUAAACAGGAAAACAACAACAAACAGACUGUUUAUAAUAUUCCUGAAGUGUAAAUGUUUGAACACUCUGAGUAUUUAUUCCAUUAAAAGGGAGUUUGUUUUCUCCCCGACUGAUUUAAAUUUAACUCUUUGCUGGUUGAAAUAAUUCGAAGAACUGACGGUGAAGUUGUUUGUUUCCUGUUGUUGGUUUUUAUUUUGUAGGGUCAAACAAACACACAGCGACUGUUUUCUACAAACGCACUGAUGCUGUAAACAGAUGAUUGUGGACAUUUUGUGUGAUUGUUUAUGUGUGUGUGUUAUUUGCUGUGUAUUGUUCAACCUGGGGUCGGAUCGUACGACGGGGAUUCGAGCUGUAGGCCGAUAUCUCAGCGGUUGGGUCGCUUCUGUUGAGUAAAGUAAUUAAAUUGUCUAAUAAAACAAACGUCAGGGAGAAGAAAACACAAAAUUUGUCAAAAAAGAGCCUAUUGACUCUUUAUGAUGGUUAUAAAUGAUAAAAAUACAGAUAGAAUUGGAUAAAGUUCCCUAAACUGGAAAUGAUCUGCUGAAAACUCCAGAUCUCAUAAAAUUCCCGUUUGGCUGCAGACUGAAACAGAAAAUAAACUCCAGGUUGAAAAAUACACAAACUCAGUUUUCAUCAGACAGCAACGUGACCUUUCUUUCUUUUAUCGGCUCCCCUGAAGAGAGUAAAACUAAUUAAAUGAAUCUUAUUAACGUGUUAUAAACACAGACUUAGUCCAGCUGAUAAAAUAAGAGAUUAACGUGUCCUGAGAUUAAAGUUUUAAUUAAUUAAAGUCUUUAACACUUUCUUUUGAUCUCGUCUGCAGCAGAAUGAGUGUUUAUAUAUUUAAUGUUAAAACUGUGGAAAUUAGUAAAACUAUUCACUCGUUUGACUGAUUCCAGGUCAGAAUUUAACACUUAAAGACGCCAUUAAAACUUAAAAUUAAUAUUAAUUCACAUAUACGUACAUAUAUCUACACAUAUUUCAUAAAAGAUAUUUAAACUUUAAGCCAAAAAGAGUAAAAAUAAAAGCUUUCCAAUGUUUUAAUGACAGCUGGAUUUAAUUUAAAGACCAUAUAAAGCUUCUAAUUUACAUAAACUCAGAAUUUUAGACUCUGUCUCUAAUAACGUCAUCAAUAACCUAUAAUCGCCUGUCAGGGGAUUUUUCUCUUUUUUUUAAUGUCACAUUAUUGUCAUUAGCACGGUCGUCCAGCGGGGAUGUCCGACUGAAAGCUGCUGAAUCUGAACUCCAGUUGUUUGUUUUUAAUCUCAAAGUGCUCCGAUCACCAAUCAAUAAAUAAUACAAUGGA